UUUUUUAUUAUAGUUCCUUGAGAUUUUGUAGCCUUGCUUCAAACAAAACCAGUGUGAUUUUUUCAAGUGUUUUUAUACGUCCCCAGCGCUACGGUGGAUCUCUCCCUGUUCGGCAGAGAUCAAGCCUCGCUGAUUCAGAGUCUGCGGUCCGCUCACAGGUCGCUGAGUUUCAAGUGUCUCCCCCAGCAGAUGAAAGCCACCAUUGAAGGGCCUUUUGCUGCCGUCCAGGCCCUGAGACAGGACCUCACCCUCAGGGCCAGCCGGCUUAAAUCCCAAGUCUCAGCCCAAACUGCUGCCGUCAAACUAAGAGAAACUCCUCUUAAUCCGAGGGUAAUAUCUCAUCAUGAGUCCGUGGCCUCUGUAAGCCGCAAAGCUAAGCCGGGACUGCCGAGCUCAGACUGCUUAUCGACGCCGCAGCAGACCCCAGGUGAGGCGGUCCAAAGCCGGCGCUCAAAUGCAAAAACUCAAAACGCUUCCCCGAGGCGAAAAGUUUCCCCUGAGAGAGUGGCUGUGGGGAGUCUUUGUGACACACACAGUGACGGAGAGGAAGAGCAGAGAGAAAAUAGGACCGAGCCAGCGAAGGCCAGCCGCACACAAGCGCUCAGUGACAGGGUUAGAUCUUCCUUAUCAGGCAGAAACCUUCUCCCUGCACAGGAAAUAUCAGCAGAGCGGCCAAGAGUAGACGACAUUUCAGAAAAACGCAGCAGACCAGACAGGAUUUCAGUACCUGAGAUCACAGGAGAGAAUCAUACAGACUCCUUCUACAACAGCUCUGACUAUCUGAAGGAAUCAGAUCAGAGCAAAGCAGCAGCUAAGAUCCUCCAGACCAGACGUAAAGGCGUCUCACAGAGCGAUACUGUGGACGGAGACGAGCUGUCUCUGGAUCAGGAGGAGGGGAGCGUCUGGGUCGACUCCUAUGUAUUCAGAUACAUUAAAAAAUGUGACCAAACGGAGUUUGACAGAUGCUUGAAAGGUCUUGAUGUGUGUGUCGAGUGUGAAGGUACCGAACUCACGCGGAUUUUGUUGACUGAGAGAAAGCCUUCCAAGACAGAGUCGAGGAUCCAGGAGGCGCUAAGUGACUUCAAAUUUUUGGUGAAGCAUUGGCAGUUGAUGUUAAGAGUUCAUCAGAUUGACUUUGACACGGAGGAGAAGAAAAACAAACUGAUUGAAAUCUGCGAUGAUUUGAGUUUCCUGUACAAAGAUGUUCUCUACGUGCCGGAGGAUUCGUGCAUUAAAAUCAUCGGGAUGUCGAUAUUUAGUCACUUGUUCUGUCAGAGGGUGAAGGACACAUUUUCUAAACUCACAGACUCACAAAACCUUUUUCCUCCAUAUUAGCUCUGGCUCUUGGACCGGUUCCAUUCAGGACUCUUGAAACCUUGAUGCUACCUAGUGAAC